UCCCCGGCGGGUGGGGCGCCGGCCGCAGACACUGAUCGCUGUCCCUGCCCGGGUCUGGCCAGCGGCUCGGCCGAGCUGCCCGCGCCCCCCGCCGUCCACCAUGAUGACCGAGGAGCGCAAUGACCUGGAGGCCCGGAUCGUCAGGGACGUCCACAGCAAGGAGAUCGACCUGGUGAACAGGGACCCCAAGAACAUCAACGAGGACAUCGUGAAGGUGGACUUUGAGGACGUGAUCGCGGAGCCCGUGGGCACCUACAGCUUCGACGGCGUGUGGAAGGUGAGCUACACCACCUUCACCGUGUCCAAGUACUGGUGCUACCGCCUGCUGACCACGCUGCUGGGCGUGCCGCUGGCGCUGCUCUGGGGCUUCCUGUUCGCCUGCAUCUCCUUCUGCCACAUCUGGGCCGUGGUGCCCUGCAUUAAGAGCUACCUGAUCGAGAUCCAGUGCAUCAGCCACAUCUACUCGCUCUGCGUGCGCACCUUCUGCAACCCCGUCUUCGCCGCGCUGGGCCAGGCGUGCGGCAGCAUCCGGGUGCUGCUGCGGAAGGAGGGGUGACCCCGGGACCGAGCACGCGCCACCCGCGGGGGAGGCGCCGCUCAGAGGCAGCUACGAGAGCCCAGCCCGCGCCCCGCCCACCAGGGUGCCUCAGGGGGCCCCAAUAAAGGGCUUCGGCC